AUGAUGAGUGCCAAUAACUGCACCCCUGAUGGAAGCUCCAAUAGUUUGCUCCCUUUAAAACCAACCAUCUCUAAUGAUGAUGCCGAUAUGCGCAGGAGGUGGACUCCGCUGUUAAAUUUACUCGCAGUCGACAGUGAAGCUGCCGACGGAACCCCCGCUUCAUUAAUGAUUGUCGCUCAUGUCACGUACCGCUCCUCGUUGCUUAGGCGCGCCCUCCGUCUUUGGGUGAAACACCUGGAAGAUUUUUACCGAAAGGAGCAGUGGCGUGAACACCUUGCGAGUGAGUGGUACGGACGGAGGCGCUUGUUUCUCUUCUUUCGUGCGUGGCAAUGGCGGUACAAUACGCGAUUGCAGCUGGUAGCAAAGGGAGAAAAGGCACAGACGCAUUGUUUAAUGGCGGCGCAACGGCGUGCUUGGAGGGCGUGGGCAACAUGGCUGUUUGCGCAGCGGGCGGUGCGUAAGGCGGUGUCGAAGUUGCUUGACGAAAUUAGAAAAGGUACACGGUUGAGGUUUUGGUUAUUGUGGCGCAGAUUUAGUACACGCCGUGUGGCGUACGGGAGGGUUGUGCAGCAGAUGAGGCAUCAGCAUUUGUUGCGUGGGUGGAUGCAGUGGCGUCGGCUGUUGCUUCGUGGGGAAACACGCCGGUUGUUGUCGGCCGUCAUAACACUUUAUACACCGUGUUCAUGGAUGCAUGAUGUAAUGGCAUCUUUUCAACCGGCGCUGGCGCGUCAACCCGUACGGUUGCAUUCUUCCUCCUCCACAUCACGAGGCAAUACGUUGGGUGAAUGGUACUCGUUUAAGCUGAUAGCCCUCCACUUUUAUUUCAUCCAGUGGAUGGGUGAGACCGCAUCACGGCGCGGAAGGCGGCUGCUGAGGUACGAGUCCGCCGUCCAAACCGUCAAACGCCAUGUUGAUAUGAGCAGCAUAGCGGGUAGGUACCACACAUGGUUGCUGUACACCGCCAACAAUAUUCACAGGCGCCGCAUUCUGUCGAUGUUAUGCAGGCGUUAUUUCCGUAAGUGGACCCUAUUCGUGUCCCUGGAAACUCUGUUUAGGCAGUGUCAGCAGACUGUUUAUCGGCGUGUGAAAUUGUUGACCUUGCUUACUUGGCGUGGGCGUGCGCAGCACCAGCAGGAACAUAAAAAUCUCUUGCAUGUUGCAGAUGCGUUUUGCGCAAGGACGUUGCAGGAACACCAGCGCCGUGAGUGUUUUGUGUGUUGGAGGGCACGUUUGCAUUCGAGGGAGGAGUUUCGCAGGUUGGAAGCAGAGGUACGGGAUCGUCGCAUGGAGCUCUUGAGGGACUUGGCAGUUAAUCGACUACUGCAUGGUGUCCUCCUCAACUUCUGUGAACCUCCUAAUGUGAAGGCAGCCGAUCCUGUGGGUGGGCGCCAUAGUCCCUCGUCUGGUGUGGAAGAGAAAACUGCAAACUCAAGAAAGGUAUCGGAAAGGUAUAUAACGAUAACUCCAAACAAGCGUGACGGAUGCAAUGCAUCGGUGGAGUUCGUGGAAGAUGGAAGUAAUUCCCCUAGAAACCCUGUUGAUGCAUUCCGGCGUAAGUUAAUGAAUCAGCCUCCAGCUAUUCCUCUUGGGUUCGGUUCAGUGGCCCCACGCGCUGCUGUGGUCGCUCAACCUCCCGCUCAUCGGUUGGAUUCGGCACCUUCCGUUGAGAUUCAAUCAAUGUUAUCCACUUCCUCUACGUUAGCUCCCGCAGAUCUCACGAAGGCCUCACCACCAUCCUCUCAUUUACUUUCAUUUGAUCCCUUGCCGGCUACUUCGGAGGAUUCAAACUGUACGACUUCACGCCCUGAUGUUGCAGAGGGCCGAAGGUUAUUAACGGAAUAUCGUGUCAUGUUAGCCACUGCACCUAGUGAGCGGGAGGAGAUGCGGAUUGUGCGCUCCAAGCUCGACUUGUACAAACUGCAGAGGCAACGUGGCGGUGGUUUACUGAACGCCGAUGAUGAACAGGCAGAGAAAAAACAAGUGCAGCGACUUAUAUCCCUGAAGCAACGGGAGUUGGAUCGCCAGGCGCUACGGGCGCGGGUGGAGCAAUUGGCUAAACAUCUGGAAGUAGUGUUGAGGUCAUCUUCUGUUAAUAGCACUGCUGCCAACCCAACUUGA